GCGAGCGCUCUCCCCGGAUUGACAGCUGGUUCCCUCCCGGUGUAGCCGUUAGCUCAGCUCCAGCACCUCCACUACCGGCUGUUUGAAUGGUUUAGCGGCGGAAAGCGGAGCAGGACUGGGAUGCGAGUGCUUUAAAAAUUCAGCGACGCUUCACUCAAAGAAACACGGAAGCCCUGCUGCUCCGAGUGAAAUAAAGGUGAGACGCUGAGUGAGCGAAGGAGCGAGUGAAGGAAAAAGAGAGAGAGAGAGAAGCCAUGGAGCAGCAGAGGCAGAGAGCCCUCUCCACGUCAGGAGAAUCGCUGUACAUUGUUCUGGGAGUCGACAAGAAUGCUACAACAGAGGACAUCAAGAAAUGUUACAGGAAACUGGCAUUAAAGUUUCAUCCAGACAAGAACCCCGACAAUCCAGAAGCAGCAGAAAAGUUUAAAGAAAUCAACAACGCCCACUCCAUCCUGAGCGAUGCCACCAAGAAGAACAUCUACGACAAAUACGGCUCUCUGGGGCUCUAUGUGGCAGAGCAGUUUGGAGAGGAGAACGUAAACACCUACUUCGUUCUGUCCAGCUGGUGGGCUAAGGCCUUGUUCGUCUUCUGCUGCUUCGCCACAGGUUGUUAUUUCUGCUGUUGUCUUUGCUGCUGCUGUAACUGCUGCUGCGGGAAAUGUAAACCUCGGCCGCCAAUGGACCAGGAGCCUGAGUUCUAUGUGUCCCCCGAGGACCUGGAGGCCCAGAUGACCGCUGACGAGAGAGAUGGCUGUGAGCCCAUCGUGAUGCAGCCGUCCUCAGCCACAGAAACCACCCAGCUCACCUCUGAUGCCCACCAAAGCUACAGGACCGACACAUACUAAACAAAAACAUUCAGUUCACAUGUUCAGUUAACCAAACACAUCGGCUCCACCACAGUAACAGGACUGAUGCACACGUUAAAUACACUCUCUACAGCUCUCUGGCCAGUUUAUCCCCACUCAUUUACUAGCUUUAAUUUAUUAGAAACACAGACAAACCAGCAGAUUCUUCAUACCGUGAUGCUUGUUUUUAAUUACUUUUAUUUUAAAAAUUGCUCCAGAGCAAAGGGAGAGGGAGGGAGAAAAAUGAAGAAGGAAAAAGUUUUAUGAUAAAAAUUCUUUUGACACUUUUUAGACAGAAUGAGGACAAAACACGACUGAACUGUUGUUACCUCAAACACAGGGUUCAGAGAGAGUGUUUUUGUUACCCAGAGUAAGAAUUCAAUGAAAAUGUGACAGAUCAGAUCACUUAAGGAGGAGAAACUUCAACUAAAGCAGACAUUCAAAAGCAGCACAGAAGUGGUAUAAGGGCAGAGUCAGAAUCUGCACCAUAUCUAAGCAUGUUUGACCCUCAAAAUCCAGUUUGACCAGUGUGAGGACUCCACACCAGGCUGGAACACGGUACACUUCUGUAGCCUUGGCACAGAUGGAAAAGGUGUUCUUCAGGAUGGUACGAUUUCUCACUAGUAGACAUGGCAUAUAAUUAAUACAGCCUUACCUCUCAACUAUCAUUUUAAACAAUGACGAUGUUUUUUAAAUUUAGUUUAGUUUUUGUUAAAUUUCUCAUCUUCCAAAUCACAGAGAAAAGAAACAAACAGAGGAAGAACUAGUAAAAACAAACCAGAAAGACGACACUUUAGCUGAUUUUAGGCCAGUUUUCCCCUGCCACAAUUAUGAGGGUUUGUACUGAUUCGAGGCUUCCAUCCAUCCAUUUUCUACACCACUUAUCCCAUUUGGGAUCACUGGAGCUAGAGCCUAUCCCCCCCAGUUGAGACUGUGAGAAGCAGGGUACACUAUGGCCUGGUCGCCAGUCAAUCGCAGGGCUGACGUUUAGAGACGGAAAACCAGGCACGUUCACACUCACACCUAUGGUCAAUUUAGAGUCACUAAUUAACCUAACGAGCAUAUCUUUGGUGGUGGGAGAAAGCCGGAGUACCCGGAGAGAACUGACACAUGCACGGGGAGAACCUGAAAACUCUGCACAGAAAGGUCCUGGGUGGGACCAUCCUGGCUAAAGUGAACCAGAAACCUUCUUGCUGUGAGGCAACAACACUAACCCCUGCUCCACUGAGCAGCUCCAGUUCAGGGCUUGUUGCAGAUCAUUAUUUUCAUGCUUACUUCUGUGUCUGUAUGAAGGUGAAUAAGGGCCACUCUAUAUAACAGAAAUAAUUUAUUUAUAAAUUUACAAGAUAUAAAACUUUUGAGUUCAUUGAGUUGCAAAUUUACCAGAAAAAAAAACUAAAAUUUUUGUGUUUCAAACAUUGUAGAUUUUGACUCCAUAAACUCCAUUAUAUCAAAUUUAUAAAGUCUUAAAUUUACAUUAUAAAGUUAUGGAUUUAUGAGAAACUAAACUGAAAACAGCGGUUGGGUAGCCCCAGUUUACAGACAUGUGUCCUUUAAGUUCUGAUGAUAAUAAAAAUGUGGUGAUUGUGGGCUAAAAUCACAAACACUUCCUUGUUGCUCUGUCUCAUUAAAGAGAUUUUUCUGUAUUUUUUAAGCUGGGUCAUAUGAGGCACUUGGCAGUAGUAGUGGCACUAUCCUUCAGUGAUUUCAGUGAGUGCUGGCCCUUCAAGACGUACUCGCUGGUCGUAAUGACUAGGAAGCUAGUCUGUACAGCAUAACAGAUGGGUGCAGUUUGUCCAGGGUAUUUAGAGAGUUUUAAGUAAAAAUGUGCCAGGAAACAAUGUUGGCUUGAAUGAAUGCUCUAUUAAAAUACUUUGAAGAAUUAUUUUUCACCCAGAAAACUUCUGUCUGGCACUAUUUUGCAAUGCAUCAUUCGACUAUGUGGUCUUCUGCCACAGUGUUUCGUGAUUUCCUGAUCAGCUGCGCUGCUUGGGCAUGCAGUCUUUGACCGAAAUUUUCAAUGUGUUGGUUUUUUGUUUUUUAAGAUUUAUUUUGUGGCUUUUUAGUGCCUUUAUUUGACAGAGGAGGACAGUGGAUAGAGUCGGAAAUGGGAGAGGGUGGGGAGAGACCUGCAGCAAAGGGCCACAGGCCGGAUUUGAACCCGAGCCGCCUGUGUUCAUGGGUCAUUCUUUCGACCAGUAGGCCAUCUGUGCGCCCAUUUUCAAUAUGUUUAAGCCAAAAUUGUUUUGGGCCUAUUUUACUUAAAACUUACUAAAUUCUGGCGAGAAACUGUACCCUUCUGUUAUGCUGUGUAGACUUGCUUUUUAAAGGAGCAACGCUCACAGAAAUUACUGAAGGGUAGUGCCACUGCUAUUGCCAGGUACCUCAUAUUAGCCAACUUCAAAAAUAGUGCAAUAUCCCUUUAAACAGUAUAAUUUAGUUAAGCUUUCAUUCACAGGACUUUUACAAGGCAUAUAGCUUCAUCUGUUAUGAAAUUCUUCCACAUAAUGGCUGAUUUUUGACUCUUUUAUCUCACAAAUUCUAAGUUUUGAUUCUUGUAAAUUUAUGACUUUUUCACUUAAGUUUUGUACUUUUUAUUUUGAAAAUUUCAGAAGUUUUUAAAAGAUAUUUCUUUUGGCUUGAACAGUGGAUAGUGUUGGAUCAGUAUUGCUCACAUGAACUGUCAGAGGUUGGGGGUAAUGUUAAAUGAAUUAAAUACUGCUAGAUUUACACUGCACAGCGAGUCUACACUGAGUUGAAAACGUACGUAAACAAGCUCAGACCUGGCGUUGGAUUUGAGCGUAUCAUACGUCAAUGCUCAGAUUGAUUAAAGCCGAGCUUGGACAUGUCUGCAAACCCAGAUUUCUGUUGUACCCACGUUUGAUAAAUGAGGGCCAUAGUGUGCAUGAAUUGUGCAGAGCUCUAAAGGAAGGUGCCAAUAAAUCCUGUCAAUGAGUCGAUCCUCCUGCUGUGCAUCUGUACCGGGAUAAGGAUCAUAGUGCAGUCAAUUGUAGUCCAGUGGAACUGCCUAAUCGAGCUGUGACCGUCAUACUGAACGCCUGUGUCAUUUCAUCCUGCAGGGAAACAUUUGUCCAGGCUCUUCUCUCAGCAUGAGGCAGGCUGGAAGUAGGUCAGAGAUCCUUUCUAUAUGUUCAGUGAGGAUAUGAUAGGAGUUGGUGGGGGUUGUUUAUUUGUCCUCAAUGCUCUCAUGUACAUCGCCACAGAGGCCCCUAUCAGUAGGGUAUCACACUUCAACAGGUGCCGCUUUGGCAUCGACUCCUGUUUUCCUCAAUCAUCACUGAAAGAUGGAAGCAUUUCAUGAAGCUAAGUCUGAUCUAACAGGUUGUUUGUGCUGAACUAGACCUCUUUGUUUCUCUCUUCCUCCUCAAACAUAAAUCUGACCCUCCUUAUAUGAAGCCUGGAGCCCGCUGGUUUGUACUGAAAGCUGUUGGAGCCGUUGCACAGUCCUGCAUUAUUAGACACAACAAACCAUCAAUCCAUACUUUAGUGACCUCUCUCUUUCGUCCAGAAGAGCAGACAUAUUUACACUGAUUGAGCCCUUUUUUCUUUGUUUUUAGUUUCCAUUUUUGUUUUGUGAGAAAAUGUUGUACAUGUUGUGUAAACUGAAUGUUUAGAUUUCACUGUAUUUCUUUACCUUUUCCUUCUUUUACUCGUCUCUGUAGGGUUGCUUUUUUUUUCUUAUUUAUGUUGUUAACAAAUGGAGGAUGUUGUUAUCCAAAGUCUUAUUUGUUUGUGUGGCAGCAGUUUUGUAGAAGAUACAAUCAUAGAAACUAAGGAGCAGUUUUCAGCAAUCAGACCCGUUAGAUAGGGUGUUAUUUUACACUAUAAAUCUUUUUUUUUUUUUUUAGUUCUUUAUUUGUCGCACUGAAGUAGCACAAAUGCUCUGUUUUAUUAGGAACUACAGGAGCAUCAUGGGUGUUUGUUUCAACUGUUUUAUACCAAAAACACUUUCAUCGAGCCUAAAAUGCUUAUUUAUUUUCUUUUAAUCCUUUAUUAAAUGCUUUGUUCAUUAUGUAUUUUUACAUAUCAUGAGGAAAAGCAAUGUCUAAAAUGUGUAAGUCACCAAUUUAGAGGGCUGUUUCAGGAAAUCCGCAGGUUUAUAAAAGCUCCAAACAAGCACAGAACAAGCUAAAUAUUGUAAAAUCGUAAACAUUGGCUGUGACCUGUAGAAAAACAGAAUUCUUUUAAGAAGUCAUCACACAGUCUUAUGUACUGGUGCCACCUAUAAUCUGGAUUGUACGCUGAUGCUUUUCUUCAGUCAGGAACACUCUCUUCAUUCAUUUAAUUGAAGAUUAAAGAUGCACCCUUGGUUAGUCAAGCAUCAUACUUUCACUUUCCAGGGAGUGCAUGGCUAGAAACCCCCAUAUGGGUGGAUAUAUUAAUGACAUCCAUCCAUCCAUCCAUCCAUCAUCUUCAGCUUAUCCGAGGUCAGGCCAUGGGGCAGCAGCCUAAGCAGGGAAUCCCAGACUUCCCUUCUCCCAGCCACUUCAUCCAGCUCUUCCCAGGGGAUCCCAAGGCAUUCCCAGGCCAGCCAAAUGACAUGGUCUCUCCAGCGUGUCCUUGGUCUUCCCUGGGGCCUCCUCCCAGUGGGACCUGCCUGGAACAC